ACUCAUGCAUGCCACCUCAGCCAUUGGUCCCAGAAGCACAUCCAUGCCCAUUCGAAGAAAUUUCUCCUAGUGGAAACACAUGUGGACUGUGGAGAGAGAGAGAGAGAGAGAGAGAGAGAGAGAGAGAGAGAGAGGUUGGCCAGUAAAAAGCAGAGUACACUACAUGACUCCUAUCAUACAUAUCAUAAGAUGAUCACAUCUCACACACAGGCAUAUCACUCAUCCUAGGAUGAGAUGAGAAGACGUUGCACCACUUAUUGUAAGCAGCAGCAGCAGCAGCUGACAAGAACCGGGAGUGAAGUGAAUAGGAUGCUUUGCUGAAUGGCUGCAUGCCAACCGCUGCAAGAAGGGAAGGAGCUGCAGCCAUACGAUGGCUGUGAUGCUGAAGUGUACAGAGGACCAAUUCUGCUGCCCCGGCAGGCCAGCUCGGCCCCUCCUGCCGUGCCGGUAGCACCGCCGGAGAUGUCAUCGUCGUCGGGGUCCGGGAGGAGCGCGACGGAGGCGAGGGCUCUGAAGAUCCACAGCGAGGCCGAGCGGCGGCGCCGGGAGAGGAUCAAUGCUCAUCUGGUUACGCUGAGGAGGAUGAUACCUGAUACUAAGCAGAUGGACAAGGCGACCUUGUUAGCCAGAGUGGUAGACCAAGUGAAGGACCUGAAGAGGAAAGCAGAGGCCACUCAAAGCAUGCCCCUCCCACCGGAGACCAACGAAGUCUCCAUAGAAUGUUACACCGGCGGCGACGAUGGUGGCGCUGCCGCCACCGACAGGAUCCCGCACAUAAAGGCCUCCAUCAGCUGCGACGACCGGCCGGACCUCAUGGCCGGGCUCAUCCAGGCGUUCCAUGGCCUGAGGCUGAGGACAGUGAGAGCAGACAUGACUUCCCUGGGAGGAAGGGUUCAUCAUGUGUUCAUACUGUGUAAGGAGGAGGGCUUGGGAAGUGCAGGUGCAAGCCUCAAGUCUCUGAAGGAGGCUGUCAGGCAAGCACUAGUGAAGGUUGCUUCUCCAGGAAUGGUAUAUGGCAACAGCCCCAUUCAGAGCAAGCGGCAGAGGAUUCUGGAGUCACAUUACUCAAUUAUGUCCAUAUAGAAGAUUAUAAUUUGUGGCGAUUUAUGAGCUGAAAGUCUGCAAGAAAUGAUAGAAAAUUCUUGUUUUUAAGAGUGUUAAUUAUGUUGUGUAUCAGAAAUGGCGUUUUCACACUCUGUGUUUUGAAAUCUGAACUGUGGCCAGUGCGGCAACAAGUAUGCAAUCCACAUGGUCAUGGCCCAUGGUUUACAACUUUACAUGGGGUGUGCUGUAGUAUGACUGUAUGCAUGCAGAAAUGUCCUUCUGCAGAGUCAUAUGAUUGGCUUGACAUUUCAGAGUUUGCGUGAAAGGACA